GCAUCAAUGCCAAUAGUAAGCUAUGAUUGGAUUGUUUAACAGCCAAUCAAAUGUUUGAAUAACUGACUGAACAAAGCGUUUAAAUGUUUAUUCAUUUUUGUGUCAAUUUUAGUGAUGUUUUUAAAAACUCACGAAUAGAUAGACAAACAAACAGACAGACAGUCGUUAAUAUCAAUUGAUUAUUGAGUUGUUGUGUCAGUGUUUUUGUGGAUCAAAUUGAAGUGAUUAUGUCGGCAAUGGUUGGACCACUCAGGCAUGCCGUCGAUGGCGGUCAGCAUCUCUUGAACAGUCCAGUGGCCAACAGUACGGUUGUUCGCGUUAUUGAUUCAAAUGAAGACAAUUGUUUAGAUUUGGGAUAUUAUUUGCAUCGAAACAAACUCGGAGAGGGCGGUUUCGGUAAAGUGCGUUUGGCUACUCAUCUGAAAACUGGUCACAAAGUGGCCGUUAAGAUCAUGAAUAAACAAAGACUCGGAUCGGAUUUAUGUCGAGUACGAGUUGAGAUCAACUCAUUGAAAGUGUUGAGACACGAAAACAUCGCUAAACUUUUACAAGUGAUCGAAACUAAAGAUGAAAUUUAUCUCAUUCUUGAGUACUGCAGCGGUGGUGAACUGUUUGAUUAUUUAGUAGCGAAAUCUCGUCUUUCUGAAAAUGAAACCAAAACAAUAAUGAAUGAUUUGAUCAAUGCUUUGGCUUACAUUCACAGCAAUGGUUUUGCACACAGAGAUCUGAAACCGGAAAAUAUUUUGUUUGAUGCCAACCAUAAAAUAAAAUUAAUUGAUUUCGGACUCGCGGCCAAUCAAACAGACAACAACAAUUCAUUGAAUUAUUUGAAAACUUGUUGCGGAAGUCCUGCCUAUGCAGCGCCCGAACUAUUACAGGGACCCAACUAUUCGGGUCCAGCGGUCGAUGUCUGGUCCGCUGGAGUUCUGUUGUACGCACUUCUUGUCGGAAGAUUGCCCUUUGAUGACGAAAACAUAAGUGCACUCUACAAGAAAAUACAGAGUGGUGUGUAUCGUAUGCCGGAUGUACUGUCAGCUGAUGCUAAAGAUCUGAUUCGUUCGAUGCUUAAAACAAAUCCAUUGGAACGGAUUACUAUUGAUAAGAUAUUAUCACAUCCAUGGCUUAGAUCUGAAAUGACUUUUAAAACAAGAGUACAAAUUAUGCGAACAAAUUUCGAUGAAGAAGUGUUCUUUCAAUGCCAUCGUUUUUAUCCUGAAGUUCCACUCAAAGAGUUGCGGCAAAAAAUUAUGUCUGGCUUUGGAUAUUUAACGGCCACUUAUUGGCUCUUAAAGAUGAACUCAAACACUGUUCAGCAAUUACCACCAACUUUAAUAACAACUCAAAUACAAAAGAUAAAUAUGGGACCAAUUCAACGAAGACGUUCAAGAAGUCUUGGUGACUCUCCUAUGAAUAAUGAAAAUGAUAUACGUCCAAAGCUUAAGCGAAAGUUUCCAGCUCCUGAUAAUGUAGAAAACCAAUCGAAACCAUCGACUGCUAAUCGUCCGAAAUUUGUAGUGACGGGAACACCUUAUCCGAGUUCACCAAUAAAUAAGAUUCCGGUAUUUAUAAAAACACCAAUUAAUGCCACCAAUGGCAAAGAUGGCCGACAAUUGAAAGAAAUUAAAUCGCCAAUGAAUUCACCGGUUGUUCCGUCAAAAAAGGCUCGACUUUUUAAUGGACACAAUGACAGUAUUAACGGUAACAUUAAAAGUCCACUAAAGAGUCCUUUACAGGAAUUAUAUGUACGAAGAGAUUUGCCAAAAACACCGAUGAAUACCAAAAUAGAAUGUACUCCUAAAAAGUCUUUAUUGAAGCGAUUCCUAGAGACGGCUACACCGGCUAAGAGCUUAACUCCCAGAGCUAUUACCACAUCAACCGCUUCUAAGAACAUAACGCUAACAAAAUUUACUGAACCUCAACAGUGUAUCAACAAAUUGGUCGAAACUCUAUCCGCUAAAGGCAUACAAUGUAAACAAAAAGAUUUUUCUUUAAGAUGCGCCCAAACUAUUAAUAAUACAAUUAUAUUGUCAUUCAAUUUGGAAAUUUGUAAGUUUGACAACCAGUGUGUUAUACAACGAAAACGACUUAAAGGCGACGCUUGGAAUUACAAGAAGGCCUGCGAAGAGAUACUUCGCAUCAGUAAUGAGUAAAACAUUUUAUCACAAAAAUGUCUAAUAAUCUUAUAUUUAAAUAUAUAUUUAAUU